AUGAAGGCUGUUUACUUAUUCGCUGUAUUGCUAUUAGUUGCCAUUGGAGCAGAGUUUGCUUUGGGUGAUUGUUUAUCCGGAAAAUAUCGUGGACCAUGCGCAGUAUGGGAUAAUGCACUAUGCCGUAGAAUAUGUGGUGAAGAAGGACGUGUUACUGGUCACUGCAGCGCUAGCCUGAAAUGUUGGUGCGAGGGAUGUUAA